UUAUCUCUCUUGUUUCUAAGACAUUAUUUUGUGUACAUAAAUCUUUGAAUCUGAUAUGCUAUGCCCCCACCUCCCACAACUGUAACUGUUUUCAACUUUGAUCUUCCUCCACAUUCAUAUCCUCACUCCAAAAGGGUUUAAAAGGAAAAAUCCAUUUCCUAAAACAAUAAAAACAUUAUUGUAGGAACAGCAAGAACAAAGGAACUUCACAAGGGGGGAAAAAAGAUAGCCAUAUGUUGUUUUAUUUUUAUUUUAUUUUUCUGCUUUUCUUUUAUGUUGUGCAUGUCUGACUGAUAUAAGUUCAUUUUCUUUGACUGCACCACAAUUUGUGGGGUGACUCCAAAUCAUUACCCUUUUACUUUUGUCUGGAAAAGUUAGGGUCUUUUGAAUUAGCAUUUGCACAUUCCUUUGAUUAAACCCCCCCCUUUCAGCUUUUUAAGAUUGGUGGGGGGAACUAUUAUUAGGGUUUGAUUCUGAUGUGCUGCGUUGUGUUUGAAUGGCAAGAAAAUGAGGGAAACUGUGGUUGUGGGUAUGGCAAGUAAGAGAAUGUGAGGAAGGAGAAGAAGAAAAGGAGGGGUUGAGGUUGAGUAAAGAGUAUUUUGAGACAUGGGGUGUGUGUUUGGGAAAGAGAAAGAGGCAUCAGAGAGAAGGAGGGAAGAGAGGAAGGAAGAAGUGGAAGUUGGAAGAGAAGUAGAUGGUGAGGUUGAAAAUGGUGGGAAUGGGAAGGAGGGUGGAGAGGAGGGGAAGAGCAAGAGGCCAAAGGGGGAGAAAAGGCGAUCUUCAAAGCCGAAUCCGAGGUUAAGCAAUCCUCCUAACAAUGUACAUGGUGAGCAAGUGGCUGCAGGGUGGCCCUCUUGGCUCUCCAAGGUAGCUGGGGAAGCUAUAAAUGGAUUGACCCCUCGAAGAGCUGACACUUUUGAGAAGCUUAACAAGAUUGGACAAGGUACAUAUAGCAAUGUUUACAAAGCAAAGGAUACUUUGACAGGGAAAAUUGUAGCCUUAAAGAAGGUUCGCUUUGACAAUUUAGAGCCCGAGAGUGUGAAAUUCAUGGCCAGAGAGAUCCUUAUUCUGCGUCGUCUUGAUCAUCCCAAUGUUGUCAAACUGGAAGGCUUAGUGACUUCAAGGAUGUCAUGCAGUUUGUACCUUGUGUUUGAAUACAUGGAGCAUGAUUUGGCUGGACUUGCUACAAGCCCAACAAUUAAGUUCACAGAGUCUCAGGUUAAAUGUUACAUGCAUCAGCUAUUUUCUGGAUUGGAACACUGUCACAACCGUCACGUGUUGCAUCGUGACAUAAAAGGGUCAAACCUUCUUGUUGACAAUGAAGGAAUUCUUAGGAUAGCUGAUUUUGGAUUAGCUUCCUUCUUUGAUCCUAAUUACCAGCACCCUAUGACCAGUAGGGUGGUUACUUUAUGGUAUCGACCUCCGGAACUUCUCCUUGGAGCCACUGAUUAUGGUGUAGGAGUGGACCUCUGGAGUGCUGGCUGCAUUCUUGCUGAAUUGUUGGCUGGCAAGCCUAUUAUGCCUGGUAGAACAGAGGUGGAACAGUUACAUAAGAUAUUUAAGCUAUGUGGUUCUCCUUCUGACGAAUAUUGGAAAAAGUCAAAGUUGCCUCAUGCUACUAUUUUUAAGCCUCAACAAUCGUACAAACGGUGCAUAGCAGAAACAUUUAAGGAUUUCCCAGCAUCAUCCCUGCCAUUAAUUGAGACCCUUCUCGCAAUUGAUCCAGCUGAACGUCAAACUGCCACCGCUGCAUUGCAUAGUGAGUUCUUUACAACAAAACCUUAUGCCUGUGAACCCUCCAGCCUUCCAAAAUAUCCUCCCAGCAAGGAGAUGGAUGCAAAGUUACGGGAUGAAGAAACUAGAAGAUUGAGAGCUGCUAGCAAAGCUAAUGCUAAUGGUGUCAAGAAAUCUCGUCCACGUGAUCGGGGUGGGAGGGGAAUUCCAGUUCCAGAUGCCAAUGCUGAGCUGCAGGCAAAUAUUGAUAGAUGGAGACUGAUAACACAUGCAAAUGCCAAGAGCAAGAGUGAAAAGUUUCCCCCUCCCCAUGAAGACGGAACUCUAGGCUAUACUUUGGGUUCUUCACAUCACAUGGAUCCAGUUUUUGAUCCUCCUGAUAUUCCAUUUAGUUCCACAAACUUAUCAUAUCCCAAAGUAAAUAUCCAGACCUGGUCCGGCCCAUUGGUGGAUCCUAGUGUAGGUGCACCAAGGAGAAAGAAGAACAUGCAUGGGGAUGGGCACACACAAUCAAAGACAUCAAAGGACUCGUAUAGAUAGAUUGUAUCAGGAGUAUUGAAAAAAUAUACAAGAACUGUGAUAUCACAUCCAUAUUUUUCACAAGCAUUCAUGAGGCUGCUAAUGCUGCUGAUUCAAUGUCUUACUUCUAUUUGGUAAAGCCAUUGGCACC